CGUGAUCAUGCGCCGCUGUGGCUGAGUUCGGCUCAGGCCCGACUCAGCUUCGGCCCAGGUCUUCUCACCUGCUAUGAGUAUACAUAGACCUGACACCGAGCAUUCUCCACCACCAAACAUCGAAGCUACCAACGCGCCCAUAAGGGAAAGUUUACAUCUUAUCUGAAUAUAACGAAGAUGACGAGGUGGAUGCGAGCUUGAGGCUCGGUCUCUCAUGAAUAGGGUUUAGCUCCCGCACGGACGUGUGUGGGGAUGCCAGCAUAGCUAUCGCUGCUUUCUGUGAGUUGCUCAUUCACCACAUCGUUCCUCGAGCAUAUGGUUCUUGGUUUUUCUUUUCUGGCAGAAUCUCGGUCUCUAUCGCUCUUGUAGGUGCUCUUAGGUCGCCCAAAGCCUACGUUCCUCACGUUUGGGUGGAGACGAUGGGGGACUAGCAAUCUGCACAUGGACCAGCAAACGGACCUGACGAACGUAAUGGAAGAACCAGCUUCUUCGUUGGGUAGCGCCUCAUGGAUUGGAGCCGAUGAUUACGACGAGGGCGACGAGUUUCACGAGCGAGCGACCAAAUUCUUCGCAUCUGUCAAAUGGGACGUGCUCGCGUCCCAUGCAUCCACCAUUCGUAAUGGUAUACCCUGUGAUUUCGGAGAAAGCUUCUCGAUUGGCCAUUUCAAUAUGGUUCGCCUGAUUGCAUUUGAAGACGGUAUCCGAUGGAUCGCCAGACUGAGGCUGCCAGAGCUGAAGGCCGCCUUUGGUGAUCGCGAAGGGCUCGACGGUCUUAACACCAUAAAGGUGGAAAUUGCAAGCAUGAAAUUCCUAGGAACAAAAACCUCAAUUCCAGUACCAGCAGUCCAUGGCUACAGCGUUGAUGCGAUGAAUGAUAUCGGUGCCCCCUAUAUCCUAAUGGACUACAUACAUGGAACGGUUGCGACCGAACUUCGCGACGCAAAAGAAUGUGCCGCCUACCCCUCAUUUGGCACUCCGGCUCAAGACCGAAAGUUCAUGCAGCAGAUGGCUGACAUUCACGUGCAACUAUCUCUAGUCACAUUUGAUCAGGUCGGAGGUCUGUAUUACGAUGAGAGUACGGAUGAUUUUUCCGUCGGUCCAGAACUUGAGACUGGGAAAGGUCCGUGGCGGCUCUCAACCGACUACUACAGUGCGCUGGCCGACCACGCGCUUAAGGUCUGCGUUGCUGAUGCAGACGAAGACGUACAGUCGAGCGCCUCGCUUUCGCUCCCAGUUCUGUUUAAGCAUCUCAUGUCAGCCUACGGUAACGCUGGCGGCACAUUUCGGCUUGCAAAUCGCGACUUUGGCGCUCACAAUCUCCUUGUGAAUGACGACUUUGACAUCAUUGGAGUCAUCGACUUCGACGGCAUCAUCGCUGCUCCACUCGAGGUAGCUGCGCAGUAUCCUACUUUCGCAGGGCUAGACCAACAGCCUCCUGGUAACGUUGUGAACCGGCCAUUCGCGAUUGAAACGCACAAAAAAUCUGAGAUAAGACGCAGGGAGUACAAGGAGAUGGUAAAAAUGUCUGAAGCUAGACUGGGCAUCGCCGACACAACUCAGGCAGCACUUUCAGCGUGCUUGGAGUCAGAUGCUGCGAUCGUCUGCCAUGGGAUGUUCAACUAUGCUGGCCACCAGAAGUCCGUGAAUGACAAGUGGAUGGAUGGGUACUCCAGAUUACUACGUCAACACAUCAAAUCUGAGGCUUCGAGCUCGAAGUGUUAG